AUGGCCAAGCCGACCAAGAAGCUUCAGGGCAAGGCUACGGCUAAGAGCGCGGCCAAAGCCAAACCCAAGGGGAAAGCCAAGGCGGCGCCGAAGGCUAGCAGCAGCAAGCCCGAGGCAGAGAAGUCGAGCAAGGAUCCCAAGGAUCGCAAGACCAUGAAGCGUGGCAACAAGAAGGCUGGCUGGUUGAGGGAUGUGACGGGUAUGAUGUUGGGACUGGCAGGUUAUCGUUAUCGCAUGCCCACAUCCCAUGUGGCCAGUGGAGCCAAGAAGGCUGAGCGCCCCAGCCUGAAGCCCAAGACCAAGAAGUGGGAGGUAACAAAGGCCAGGGAAGUCUGGGGACAGUACAGCGAGAGUGGCGAGCCUUUGGGGUCCGUGUGCCGUGUGGACAAGGAGACGAGCGAGGAAGGCUGGCCGGGGCUUCCGGUGGAGAACGCAGCCGAGCUUUGGCACUCGAAGGAGGACAAGACGUUGGCCUUCCGAACCGAGUACGCGACCGCCCGCCGGAUCAAAAAAGAUGCCGGCAUCCUCAAGCGGCGGUUCAGCCCGUCAAGCUCUGUGAAGACGUCCAAGCUGCGCUUUAAGAUGGUCUACCAUGACGUGGGGUUUUUGACUGACGCUGAGUUCUUGUCCGUUGUCGGCUCGGCGCAGACCUCCUUCAAGAACCUGAAGACGCACAAAGGCCAAGAGCAAGUGACAGACCGCGGUGAGUCCGUCCAAGGCGUGUACGUGAGCUUGCGGGAUCUGCCAGAGGGCCUCCUUGGAUGGAUCCGCAAGGUUCGGACUGGCUACUUGACCCAGGUGCAGCAGGACGACACGCGUCUGAGCCCAGAGCAUCAGAUCCGUGGUUCCCAAGGCCAGGUCCUGUUCGACCACUUCUCGGAGAUCCUGCUCAACUCCUCGGAAAGCGCGAGCAGGUCCAAGCACCGCCCGUCACUCCCGAUGAUUCCCGCACUCAUCAACCAGCUGGCGAGUCAGAAGGAGGAGAAGAAAGCGGAGGAGGAAGCGAAGAAAAAGGAGGAAGCCGGUGGCGCUGGCACGGGGGGCGCGGAGGGCGAGGAAGGCGAGGAAGAGGAGAACUUCGUGCCGGACCCUGUCCUCGAGGACGACGUGGAGGAAGUCCCGAAGGACGAGCGGUCCGUGACAGCUUCCCAGUUGGCGCUGCGGCCAGACUUGCUGGCAGGCGCUGCUUCGUCGUCGGCCUUUGAACAGCCGCCCGUGAAGAGUCGGCAGACGUCAAGCAAGGCGGGCAAGUCCAGGAAGAGCGCCGUGCUCGAAGAUGCGACGGCGGCCGAGGACGACGCGUGCGAGAUCGACCAGGCCGACGCGCCCAAGUGGAUGAAGGAGGACAGCAUCUUGAGUCAGGUCAUCAAGAAGCUGGGCAAGGUCUACAAGUGCUUCCAUCAUCUCAGUCCCAGCUCGGCGUUUGAGCAGCGGCUGGCCCUGGGACACCAGUUGCGAGGUGCCAAGAAAGUGGCUGAUACGAUGAAAGGCAACCGCCUUUCCCAGCACUCGCUGCUGACAAGCAGGAUUGAGCUCAUGGAGCAUGUGGACAAUUUGAUCAACCCCGCAAACGCAAUCAGCAAAAUGACGCCUCCGAUUCUCCGGGGCUCCCUCAUGAAGCUGCAAGAGGAAGACAUCGCAUUGCCAUACGAUCUCCGGCUGCAGGCCGCAGAGCGCUUCACGAUGGCAGUGUUGGACGAGAUGUCCGAAAGCGCCACCCACGAAGACAAGCCUUUCCAGAAGGGCCUGCCGAAAUGGAUGAGGCUGUGCGCCGUGUGGGAGGCAUCCAGGACAAAAGAUGGGGGCACGCAGGCGGGACACGAGAGCGACCCUACGUUUGGGUGGAUUCUCCAGUCCAUGCAAGACGAGAUCGGUGUCAGCCUGAAGCUGAAGCAGUUGUCCGCCCAGGAGGCGGAGAACAAGAAGAAGGAGAACCACGAGGCCUUGGCCGAGUACCUCAUCGACUGCCUCGCGAGCGAGCAGUUUCUGUCGAUGCUUCAGACACCGUCCACCCCGAAUCGGAAGAAAAUGCUUCUGAUGUCGGAGGCCUACCUGAAGGCCUUCGCCGAUGCAAAGGCUGAGAAGCUUGUCUACGAGAUGCUUCCUGCGGAGAUCUGUGCUGUGUUGGACCGGUUCGCAGCCAUGUGCAGUGCCUUCAUCAGCCUGAAUCAUCCCCGUCCGGGGCAUGCGGGGUCGAACGCAAAGGACUUGCUUGACUUGGUGACCAAUGCAAGUUCUCAUGCGGCAGAGAAGAGGAUGCGCAAGGCUUUCAGCGAGCAGGGCUCGGUGUGGCAAAAGCUGUACGAUGAGCUGCUCAGCAAGGGGCAGAGCACGACGGCCUUGCUGCCGGUGCUGGACGAGCUGACCGAGAAGCUGAGCAACUUCAAGGUUGACGACAAGCAGCAAAACGUCAUUGCUUCAGUGGAUGCAGAGCUGCUGGAACGCUGCGUGGAGCACCGCCCACAGUUCGAGAAGGACAUGCGCAAUGGCCUUCUGCAGAGCUUCGAUUUGCAGCUUUGCAGAGUGGCCCUGCUGGUUGCAAAGGCAGUGCCGGCCCACUCGGCGGAGGACCUGGCCUCGAUCAACCCGAAGUUCAACGUGGACGUCGCCAUUGCAGCGUUGGACGCCUGUCUUGAGGCACCAGGCGUGGCCGAAGCGAAGAAGAGUUUGCAGGGCUGGCACAAACGGGAGCGGUCUUCCCUCCAACUGCUCGAUCUCCUGAAGGUGUUGCAUUACUACCCCGAGACCCUGGCAGCGGAGAUUCCGGAAGACUUGCACUUUGCCCACCACGGCAAGAUCCUCUUUGAGAGCAUCCUGGCUGUCGGAACGGAGAUGCUGAGCAAGAAUGACAAAGCUCGGCGAGCCUGCGGGGUAGCUUUUGCCGUGCUUUUCGAGAGCUUGUUGCAGGCGCAGGUUCCGAGCAACGAGUGGAACGCUGAUGCCAAGGCCGUCCUGACCCUGGGCAUCAAAGCUGUUCAUCAUCUUCAGCAUCCGUGCGCCGACAAAGUGGAGGCUGUUGCCCGGAUCAUCCUGGCCGGCUGUGACUUCCUAGACCAGGUCGGUGUGCUGAAGCAGAUGGGGGACAGCCCAGAGUCGCGUGUUGCAGCGGAUGCCAAUGCCACUGUGAUGACUUCCAUGCUGGUUCAGGCCAGCAGAGUGGCGUCGAUGCUGGCGGACGGGACUGAAACCGAGGCCCUGGUCCCCAGCAACCCCGGCCAGGAGGAUGUGACAGCGUUGGUCAGCUUGAAUGCCGACUCCACGAUCCGGCAGAUCCUUCAGGAUGAAGACUUCAUGGCUUGCUUGAAGGUGACUGUGGACAGCAUGACCCAGAGUGUCAGAGAGGCACAGGACAAGGCGACGACGGCCGUCAAGGGUUUCCAGAACGGCGGGGAAAGGUACUGGAAAGCUCAGCUGGCGGCAACAGCCGAGAUAUCCGAGGUGCUUGCGGCCGCAAGCAAGAGCAUCGAUGACAUUGACGGAGAGCAGGCAGAUGAGGCGAUCGACGGUCUGAAGCAGGUUCUUUCCAAGUGCGAGGAUUUCAUCGGGAAGGCCACCUUUUAUGGAUCCGUGAUGCCUCAGAUGACGGGCUUCAAGGCUUUCGUGGACGGCGUCAGGGUCAUUGCAAAGAGAUGCAAGGCCCUCUCCUGCGAGUCUCUUCUCGCCUUCGCGCACAGCAGUUGCAAAUCGAUCGAAUGGCAAGCGAGGUUGAUCCGACAUCAGCUCACGGAAAUUAUGAUCGGCAACAUUGAUGAGGCCGACCUGCAUCCGGUCCUGCUGCAGUCCGCAAGGUCUCUGGUGGAGUCGGCCGGCAAGCAAGCCAGGGACGAGAAAGAGGGCAAAAACAAGGCCCCACCAGCCGCGACAUCUGAGGAGGCAGGCGCAGCUUCGCGAAAGAAGUUGCGGUUGGGUUGA